CUACCACUUCAGUUCCAUCUUCCAAACCGAACUCAAUGCUCUCUCGUUAUCUCAAAUCCCCUAAUCCACUCUUCUCCCUCCGUUCAUUACCCUGUACUCCAAACCCAAUCUCAGUCCCAGACCCUAUUCCUAACCUAAACCCUUCCUUCCGACCCUCCCCAGACCGUCUCUUCUCUUCUUCAUGGCUAUCCGAACCGGGAAAUCCAAUCAUCCAAUGGCCAUCACUACCAAAACCAAACCCUCAUCCGAAUCCCAACGCCAACCCUAACCCAACUCCCGACCCUACCUCUCCGAACCUAAACGCAUUCUCCCUCAUUUCCAACCUCUUCACGGACCCUUCCGUCUCGCCCGGUCCGGUCCUCCACGCCCAACUCGAUCGCUCAGCCAUCGAACCGGACCCGGCCCUCCUGCUCGCCGUCUUCGACCGCUUCGGCUCGUCUCCCAAGCUCUUACACUCGCUCUUCCUCUGGGCCCAGAAGCGACCCGGCUUCAGGCCCGACCCGAAGCUCCUUGACGCCGUCGUCAAUGCACUCGCUAAGGCAAGGGAGUUUGACGCCGCAUGGAAACUUGUUCUCGAUCACGUCGGAGAUGGGGAAGAAGAAAACGAAAGCUUGGUUUCCGUUAAGACCUUUGCCAUAAUGAUUCGACGCUAUGCUCGAGCAGGUAUGUCCAAACUUGCAAUCAGAACUUAUGAAUUUGCUAAAGAUAACAAGUCCAUUGUGGAUUCUGGCUCAGAAAUGAGUUUGUUUGAGAUAUUGAUAGAUUCACUUUGUAAAGAAGGGUCAGUGAGGGAAGCUUCAGAGUAUUUCCUUUGGAAAAAGGAGUUGGACUUAAGUUGGGUUCCUUCUAUUCGGGUAUAUAACAUAAUGUUGAAUGGAUGGUUUCGAUCGAGGAAACUGAAGCAGGGCGAGAGACUUUGGGAAGAGAUGAAGAAGGAGAAUGUGAGACCAAGUGUUGUGACAUAUGGUACCCUUGUGGAAGGAUAUUGCAGGAUGCGCCGUGUCGAGAAAGCACUCGAAAUGGUUGGUGAUAUGACCAGAGAAGGAAUUGCACCAAAUGCAAUUGUGUACAACCCAAUCAUCGAUGCACUAGCAGAAGCUGGAAGAUUCAAAGAGGCUUUGGGUAUGUUGGAACGAUUCCAUGUUUUGGAAAUUGGUCCUACUGAUUCAACGUAUAAUUCUCUAAUAAAAGGGUUUUGUAAAGCUGCAGAUCUUGUUGGUGCUAGUAAGAUUCUUAAAAUGAUGAUAAGCAGGGGUUUGAUCCCAAGUCCCACUACCUAUAACUACUUUUUUAGGUACUUUUCAAGAUGUGGAAAAGUUGAGGAGGGGAUGAACCUGUAUGCAAAGUUGAUUGAGUCUGGUUAUACCCCAGAUCGGUUAACUUACCAUCUUUUGGUGAAGAUGUUAUGUGAAGAGGGGAAGUUAGACAUGGCAGUUCGAGUUAGCAAGGAAAUGAGGCAUAAUGGUUAUGAUAUGGACUUGGCUACCAGUACCAUGUUAAUUCAUCUGCUCUGCAAAAUGCAUAGGUUGGAAGAGGCUUUUGCUGAAUUCGAGGACAUGAUAAGAAGAGGUAUAGUUCCUCAGUAUCUCACUUUCCAGAGAAUGAAAGCUGAGUUAAAGAGACAAGGUAUGACUGAAAUGGCUCAAAAGCUUUGCAAGUUAAUGUCUUCUGUUCCCUAUUCUGGCAACUUGCCAAAUACUUAUGGUGGAGACAGAGAGGAUGCUUUUACACGAAGAAAAUCUAUAAUUCGGAAAGCUAAAGCAUUUUCUGAUAUGCUGAAGGACUGUAAGGAUCCGAGUGAACUUCGUCAGUAUAGAAAUUCAUCAGAAAAUGCUGUCUCAAGUGAAAAAUAUGUGAUGAAGGAUAUUGAGGGAAAAUGAAAUUCAGUAGAAACUUCUAUGAUUUCAGUAAGCACUCAGCAGGGAGCAAUUAUGGGCUUUUGAAACACAUGGGAUUCAGUUUGCAAUUGUUCUCGUUUGUUCCAAAAAAUUCUGCUGUUCUUCCCUUUGCAAUUUUGUAGGCAUGACAACAAGGUUAAUAUGGAGAGCAAUGAACUGAUUUACUGCUGUCAUGGCUACAUUAACAGGUGCAAUCUGAGUUAGUUAUACAGAAAGUAACUUCUUGUGAGCAUCACUGGGUAAUUUAUCAAUGAAGAUGGCAUCAACUGAAUGCUAACA